ACUUGACUUUGUUUGACACACAAAGUUUCAUUUGUAACUCAAGAUUAUCAAAAAGUCUUUUCUCUUCUUCAUCAUCUCAAGAACCCCAUAAAUAUUCUCUGUAUAUACAGUGAUAUACAGUUGAUAUACAGUGUAAAUGGACUCAAAAUCAUUAAGGUUGAUAACCCAUCAAUCAUUUUUCACAGCAGUUCGAUCUGGUGACCUUGAAUCACUUAAAAUAAUUAUAAAAAAUGAAGGGUUGGAUGUUUCUUGUUUAUUAGCUUUACAAAAUGAUGGAGGUGAAACUGCUUUGUAUAUUGCUGCUGCAAAUAAUUAUAAGGAGAUAGUGAGUUAUUUGCUUGGUUUUUGUGAUUUGGAGAGUGUUAUGAUUAGGUCUAAAGCUGAUUUUGAUGCCUUUCAUGUUGCUGCUAAAAAUGGCCACUUGGGUAUUGUGCAGGAACUUUUGGCCAUGUGGCCUGGACUUUGUAAAGUAUGUGACUCAAGAAAUACAAGCCCUCUUUAUUCAGCUGCUGUUAAGGGACAUUUAGAUGUGGUGAAUGCCAUUUUAGAUGCGGAUGUGAGCUCCAUACGGAUUGUUAGGAAGAAUGGAAAAACUGCACUACACACAACUGCUAGGUAUGGCCUUCUGCAUAUUGUAAAAGCACUUAUACAGCGAGAUCCAGAUAUAAUAUCCAUCAAAGAUAAAAAGGGUCAAACUGCACUUCAUAUGGCUGUUAAGGGUCAGGAUACCUCUGUGGUGGAAGAAAUGUUGGAUACUGACAACUCAAUAUUGAAUGAGCGUGACAAGAAGGGCAACACAGCUUUACAUAUAGCCACACGGAAAUGUCGUUUCCAGAUUGUGAGCCUUCUGCUUACUUACACGUCCCUUGAUGUCAACGCAAUUAAUAAUCAAAAGGAAACUGCAAUGGACUUAGCAGACAAAUUGCAAUAUGGUGACUCAGCUUUGCUAAUUAAGGAAGUUCUGACUGAGGCUGGUGCAAAACACGCCCGAUUCGUAGGUCAAUUCGAUGCAGCAUCCGAACUUAAGCGGACCGUAAGCGACAUUAAACAUGAGGUCCAAUCCCAGCUUAUACAAAACGAAAAAACCCGAAGGCGUGUUUCUGGUAUUGCCAAAGAGCUUAGGAAAAUUCAUAGAGAAGCUGUUCAGAAUACCAUUAACUCUGUUACCGUGGUCGCUGUUUUGGUCGCCUCUAUUGCUUUUCUAGCUAUAUUCAGCUUGCCGGGCCAAUACAUCGACAAGGGGCCUGAAGCAGGAAAGGCCCGAAUCGCGGAUACCGUUGCGUUUCGGGUAUUCUGCCUCCUGAAUGCUACUUCUCUAUUCAUAUCUCUCGCUGUUGUUGUUGUUCAGAUUACUCUGGUUGCAUGGGAUACGAGAGCUCAGAAACAAAUUGUCUCGGUUGUGAAUAAGAUGAUGUGGGCAGCUUGUGUUAGUACGUGUGGAGCGUUCUUAGCUGUCGGUUUUGUUAUUGUAGGGAGGAAAAGCUCGUGGAUGGCGAUUACUAUUACUGUGCUCGGUGCACCAAUUCUUAUUGGAACUCUGGUUGGCUUGUGCUACUUUGUUUUCCGACAGCAUUUUGGAAUAUGUGGUAGCGAUUCUCAAAGGCGUAUUAAAAGAGCGAGUGGGAGCAAAUCUUUCUCGUGGUCUUUCUCUGCAAAUAUUUCUGAUAUGGAUGACUACAACUCCGAUGAGAAAAUUUAUGCUCUGUGAGACUGACAUUAUGCAAUGUUCGAUCUGAAGGAGUUUUACUACAUAUAAAUCAUGGCUUUCCACGUAUCAUGGGAAUGAAUGUACAGUCAGACCUCUCUAUAACAGGCAUCCUCUUUAAACAUUUCACUACAACAAGCAUAUUUUCUGUGGAACUGAUCUUGCAUCUUAUAUUAUAUUAUAUGUACUCUAUAACAUGUCGCUAUAGCACCAAAAAAGUAUCGGAACAAACGAUGUUGUUAUAUAGAGGUUUGAGUACUGUAUAUCCAUUCUCUGUUGACCCCUAUGCAUGUCAUCGAGAAGGCGAACGUGAUACUGAGUCGAGAUAAACAGGCAUCAGGUACUCAUUUUCAACAUCAUGCAAGAAAAUUUCUCUUUUUUGCUCCUACUGCGAGGUGUGAUGAAUUGGAAAAGUAAAAUCUGGUGCUCGGAUAGUUAGUUGUAUAGGUUUCGCUUUGCUUCAAGAUGUCCAUUUAUAUUAGUUGGGUUUUUCUUAAUAAACACUUUUGUGACGUGUAUCCCCUCGAUGUAUAAUCAUGAUUUGAGGUUUGUACAUACUAGUGUAGGACUCUUUGAAGUACCAAUAAAAAGCUUGUAAGUUGUUCGAUGGAACUAUAGAUUAAUGAUAUGAUUUUGUUUUCCAA